AUGUUGGACUCUGUAUCAACUUAAUUGAAAACUGAAACAGAUUCUGUAAAGGACAACCCUCCAAGCAAGUUUAAGCAAAACUUCAUGCAAAAUAAUUAAAGAUUUUUAAAUACUAAAAAGUUAACAUACUCCAACAAAAAAAUAGCGAUUUCCAAUUAGAAAGAUGCUUGGAAAUAAAUGUUUGGCAAUUUUUUACACGAUAUUAAUCUUAAAUAGAAGAAGGAUCAUACCUCUAAGGAAGCCAAAGAGCAUCUUUAAGAUCCUCUUGUGAACGAAGUGCCAAUAUUCCUCCCAUGUUCAAAUAAGCAGUUUAAACUCUAGUUCUAUAAGUAUUUAGAAGGGGAACAAUCGAUUAAUGAAUUAUUGAAGGCCAUAAGAUUUCCACGCUUAGAAGCAAUAUAAUUGGAUGAUUAAAAAAAAUAAAGAAGAAAACUAUCCAUUGUUUAAAAAAUUAAGAAAAUGAAAGCAAAUGAGUUGUCUAAAACAACUGAUAAGGCCCCAUAAUUAGACGUUGGAGGUUCAACAAAACAAUUGAAAGCCCAACAAUUAAGAUUGAUUGAUCAGCGAAGAUUUACAGAGGCUGGGAAAUUGAUGGAAUUAUAUCAAAUUAAAAUUAAUAAUAAGGUUCAAGUUUUAAGGGAUUUUAUUUAGUAAAGAAUUAAAUUGAGACAAUAAUUAAAUAAAGAAUAAAGGGAAGAGGAAAUUAGAAAUAUUCAUUUCAUUAAGACAUUUUUUGAUAUCACUAAUGAUUACAAUUAACAUAUCUUGGAUCAAUAAGAAGAAUUGCAGGAUGAUGCUUAAUAUUAUAAAAAAUUAGUACCAUGCCAAAAGAAAUUAAAGUAACUGUUGGUCAAUUACGAUAAUGUACAACCAAUCAUCAGACAUUAAGAAAAGCAUUUUGAUAGAUUUGAUUAUCCUUCCUUAGGCAUGUUAAAAAAUUAAAUGAAUUAAUACUCCAAAGAUUAUUUAGUUGAACUAGAAUAGCAGAAACAAAUUCAAUUUAAAACUGCAUUAAAUUAGGUUCGGAAACUAUUAGAAUAGCAGAAUAUUAAAUUUUAAUCAGAAUUGAGAAAAUCUAAAAUUAAAAGUAAUCAAAAUUCAAAAUCCCAAUCUCCUCUAAAUCUACAUAAUUAAGAUAGUUAAAAUCUUAUAAAUUCAUUAAGUGAUUGUCCACUUGAUGUUAUUGUUACAAGUCCAAAAAGGAAUAUUAAUUCAUAUAAAUCCUACUCUUAAUUGAAAAGUUCUAUUGCAGAUCCAAUAAAGAGGAAGGAUUACGUUAUUACAAAAAAACCUUUUUAUCUUUUUACUAAGUAAGCAGAUGGAGAUAAAAAUUCAAAAAAUACCAAGGGAUUAAUUACAAAUUUCGAUGUUAAAUUAUACGACUACAUCCACAAUCGGAAUAUUUACACAUUAAACAAACAAGUUUAAUAAAACACUUAAAAAUUUCACACCUUAAUAGAAAGUUAAUAGGAGUAAUAGUUAAAUGAACAACUUGAUACUUAACUUAAUCAAUUAAGAAAAAAAAGACUAAAAUUACGUUAGCAUGGGUCAUUAGAGGCUUAGAGAAGAAUAAAAACUGAAAAAUAACAGGAUGAAAUUUCGGAUGAUCAAUCACUAUAAUCAAUUUAUGAAGUCAAUUUGGAUGUGUAUUAUGAUCAAUCAAAUUAAUUGAGUAAGAAACUAAGAGAAAAGGGCGAUAUUGGAUUUGCAAAAAGAAUCAAGUAACUCAUUAGGUUAGAGGAAGUCAAUACAUAAUGCUUAAGAACUAAUAUACAAAAAUUGAAUAAGUCCUAAAGUUCUCUCAACAAAUGA